CUCACAGUUCGUCGUCUAGGGUUUAUAUCCAGACUUUUGCUCCUAGUUAGGGUUUAUAAAAUUUAUUCCUCACGAUUAUCUCCACUGCUUCAAUCGUAUUUGCUUCUCUAAUCCACCAUAUUUGCACAUCUCACAAAUACCGCUUAUUAACUAAUCUCACAGAAUGGGGAAGAAAAAGAAAUUUAUCGACAAGAAGAAAUCUGCAACGUUCCAAUUACUGGCCCGCGACUCAACUGAUCCCAAUUAUGAUGAAACACCGGGAAAUGACCGAGUUUUCGUCCGAGUCGACAACAAUCUCUACUUGCCGGACACUUUCUUUGACGGAGAUAACCCCGAUAGUAUCUCCGUCAAUGGCCAGAACGAUGACGAUCCGACUUCCAUUUUCGCUGAUGCGCCAGAUGAUGCCGACGAUUGCGGAGAUGAUAAUCAUAGGGUUUUGGGUAGUUCGAUGAAAUAUGUAGGGGGAUUUGUAGGAGCUUCGUCUGCAGAAGCGCAGCCUUUGCCUGAGCGCGUGAGGAAGGAAAUUUUGGAGCUAGGGUUUCCUGAUGAUGGCUAUAAUUAUUUGCUUCACUUAAGGGAGAUUAAGAAUACUGGUGGUGGCUCAUAUUUUUAUCGCAAUCCUAAAGCUAAUAUUGAUCAGCUUCCUCGCGAUGUUAAGGCCUAUGAUGCUUCAAGAGUUCGGGUAUCUGAGGUGAAAACUGAUGAUACGAAUGAUAAGUCGAUUUACAGUGUGGCGUCAAGAACUGUUGGAGUUAAGUUGCAGAGAGUGUUGGAUCCUGAAGUAGCUGCAUUGCUUGAUGACAGUGAUUUAUCGCGGUUUGGUUCUGAUGAUGAGGACCUGGAGGAGGAUUUUGUUGUUCGUGCAAAUCUUCCUGAAGAAGGUGCUGAUUUGGAUGUCAACAAUUUGAUUGAGGAACCCAGUGAAUAUGUAGAAACUGCAUUGGAUAAUGGCGCUGUAGACAAGGAAAUAGAAGUAGGAAAUGAUUUUGCUGGGGGAAACCUGCGAGUUUGCCGUCCUCUUGAUGAACAAUUUGAUAUGCUUGAACUUCAAGAAUAUGCCACAGAUGAUGAAGAUGGCGAGUAUGGUGGUUAUGAAGCUGAAGAAGAUGAAUCUCUUGCUAAUAAGCUCAACAAUGUUCUUAAUGACAGUGCAAUGGAUGACUUGGAUCUUGGUGACAAAUACGCAGUUCCUGCAGAUUUGUUGCAUGGCAGUGAUAGACCAAAAAGUAAAGAAAUUCUAGAAUCAGCAGCUGAUGUCAUUCGCCGUUGUGCAGAAUAUGCAGAGAAGUAUGAAAAUGAGGAUGAUAAUGAAGAUGUUGUCAUUGUCCAAGAAAGUAGUGAUGAUUCAGAACAGUGGGAUUGUGAGACUAUCAUCUCUACAUAUUCAAAUCUUGACAACCACCCUGCUAAAAUUGAAGCACCAGGUAUUGCUAGAAGGAAGAAGAUAGCUGAAACUGUCUCUGGUGCUUUAAAUGCCACCAGUCAUGUGAUAACCCUUCGAGGGAAAGAGAAGCUUCCUGUAGACUUCUUGCCUCAUGGUAUAAAAUCUGAUGUGGAAAAAGCAAAAGCUGUGCCUGGCUUAAGGACUGAGCCUGUGAAGAGGAAGCAACAUGGCCAGGAAUCAAAGGAGGAAAAGAAAGAAAGAAAGGCUGCUAUAAAGGAGGAAAGGCGUGAAGCUAGACGUUUGAAGAAAGAAAUGAAGGGGAUCUACCGAGGUGAAGCACAGCGUGCUCAAAGAGUUGCUGCUAUAGCUGGCCCAUCAUCAAUUCAUCUUUUAUGAGUAUGUUGAUUAUUGAGGUAAGUUGGUGUCAGAUUAUUGCAUAAGCAAUGUGGUAUUCAAGGACGAUUAACUCAUCAUUCCAAAGCCAACAGAAGGAGAGCACUUUGAACAUCAUUUUUACAAGAAAAUGUGCCAAAUCAUAGCUCCGCCCUUGACUUUCAGGUAGAAUAUAAAGUUGCAUAGUCAAUCUUUUUUUGCUGUUCUCCUGUGAGAAAGGUUAUUUGAUAAUGUUAUAACACUGAAAAUCAGUGAGUUUCUGAAGCCUAUGGCUAUCAUCUUGAUUUUUAGAUGAGCACAAAUUGAACUUACCUCCAGAUUUUAAUGUGUUUGAGAUGAAAUGGCUUUGGCUUAAUGUAUGCCAUUAAUUUGUUUUGUCUGUUACUUUUA